UGUUGCGGAAGUGUGCGUGGUGUGCGCAUGUGCAGAAGGUCGUUUCCUCCUUGUUCUGUCAUCGUAACACAGAAACCGAAAACGGCCUUUUCUAACGCCUUUAAGGUGUCCUUCCCGCUCAUGACUCGGGUCUUCGUCUAUGGCACCCUGAAGAGGGGUCAGCCCAACCACUACCGGAUGUUCGACAGCACCAACGGGAAGGCGGAGUUCCUCGCCACGGCCCUCACCACCCAGAGGUACCCGCUGGUCAUCGCCACCAAGUACAACAUCCCGUUCCUCCUGAACCUCCCCGGUCAGGGCCAGCGAGUCCACGGGGAGAUCUACGAGGUGGACGAGCGCAUGCUGAAGUUCCUGGAUGACUUCGAGAGCGUGCCCAGCAUGUACCAGAGGACGCUGGUGGAGCUGGAGGUGGAGGAAGGAGGGGAGGAGCUACCUGCUGGGAGCACCACCCAGGUGUUUGUGUACAGCACCACCUCCUACCAACCAGACUGGCCCUCACGGCAAAGCUUCCAGAGCUACGACGCCCACGGCGACCACGGCCUGCCGUACGUGUACAGAGAGGCGCGGGACUGAUGCGGCGCUCUGAGGUCACUCACGAGGAGAGGACUUGAUCACCUGCUGUGCCUCAGAUCCACAUCUUAGAUUCAGAGUAAAAAUAAAUCAUUAGAUUUAUGUAAAGGAUGAAAUAUGACUAAAAACACUUUUGAUACUGCUGAAGUUUAAUAACAUCUUCAUUUUUUAAAUAAAAAAAAAUCCUUUUAUGAGUUUAAUUUGUACAUUUGUUAGUUUAAAGUCAUUUUAGUAACUGUAAUGAUGGGGUCUUCUAUGCAAAUUCAUAUUUAUUUAGAUUAUUUUCUGUACUUUGAAUGUAUGACUGCAUUUUAGAAUCUUUUUCAUUCUAUUAAAAUCACGAUUUUUAA